AAUUACACAUAAUUAUAGUAAUGGAGUUUUGGACCAAGCUAGCAUCUGGCAUGGGGGUGUGGGCCUUUAGCAUGAGCUUCCUACAAAUUCUCCUCCCGCCGGACCUCCGCUCCUCCGCCGCCAAGUUCUUCCACCGCCUCUACGACCGCCUCUCAUCAUACUGCUACUACGACAUCCCGGAGACCGACGGCUUCAACACCAACGACCUCUACUCCUCCGUCAAGCUCUACCUCAGCAGCAUCGCCGCCGCCGCCGGGGACCGCCUCACCCUGGCCCGCAACCCCAACUCCGCCGCCAUCACCUUCGGCCUCUCCAACAACAACACCAUCCCCGACACCUUCGCCGCCGCCGGCGGCGUCAGGGUGGAGUGGGAGCACGUGGUGGCCCCGCGCCAGGGCCAGACCCUCUCGUGGCGGUCCCUCCCGGAGGAGAAGCGGAGGUUCGUGCUCCGGGCCCACAAGAGGGACAAGGCCGCCGUGCUCGGGGCGUACCUCGAGCACGUGACGGAGAAGGCCCGGGAGAUACGGCGGAGCAGCCGCGAGCUGCUGCUGUACACGAACUCGAGGUCGCACCCGUGGGAGUCGGUCCCGUUCAAGCACCCGAGCACGUUCGGCACGCUCGCCAUGGACCCGAUAAAGAAGGAGGAGAUCAUAGCGGACCUCAAAGAUUUUUGCAAUGGAGAGUCGUUUUACCGCCAAACAGGGAGACCGUGGAAGAGGGGAUAUCUGUUGUACGGGCCGCCGGGGACGGGGAAGUCGAGCAUGAUCGCCGCCAUGGCAAACUACUUGGGCUACGACAUAUAUGACGUGGAGUUGACGGAAGUGGAGACCAAUUCCGAUUUGAGGAAGCUGCUCAUCAAAACAACCUCAAAAUCCAUUAUUGUCAUUGAAGACAUCGACUGCUCCCUCAACCUUACUACUACCUCCAGGAACAAAGAAGAGAUUAUGCUGUCGGAAGGAAAUUCAUCGGGGCCAACCCCGGCGGUGCCACCGGAGAAGGGUGAAACAAAGAGCGCCAUAACUCUCUCCGGUUUACUCAACUUCACAGACGGUUUAUGGUCUUGUUGCGGGAGCGAGAGGAUCUUCAUCUUCACCACCAACCACGUAGAGAGGCUCGACCCUGCGCUACUCAGGAGGGGCAGAAUGGACAUGCACAUCCACAUGAACUACUGCACCUUCCCGGCCCUAAAAAUCCUCGUCAAGAACUACCUCGGAUUCGACAUUGAUGAACGUGGAGAGGGUCGCGACUUGGAGGCCCUCCGGGAGCUGGAGGAGGCCAUAGAAGCUGCUGAGAUGACGCCUGCUGACAUCAGCGAGGUGUUGAUCAAGCACACCAGGGACCGGAAAACGGCAUUGUGGAAAUUGGUGGAAGAGGCGCGGAUUAGGGUUGAUAAGAGGGGUAAGAAUAAUACGUUACGAAAGAAGAGAGAUUCUGGAAGUGUGUUUGAGGACGAGGAAAAAGAGAAGAGGGAGAUGCCACAAAGUUUCAAGAAAGGGGUUGAGGAAGAAAAAAGGAGAGAAGCCAUAAAGUUGCCCUUGCUUAAAGAGUGAAUGAAUCAAUGAUCUUUGAUGUUUUUAAAGCUCACAAGUCUAGGGCAAGUGAUGCAUGUCAAAUGUUUUUAAUUUUUUUGCAAGUCUUUUUUUUUGUUUAGGACAUUUUUAAUUAUAUUUCACUACACAAACUUGAGUUUAUUGCGUCUAUGAGGGACGGCUUAUGUUUGUGUGAAGAAAAAUAAAAUUUGCUAAAUUUG